AUGGCUCCUCUGCUGCUCAGGAACAGCACCAGGACUGCCCUGUCUCGUUCUCUGCGCCUCCCUAGGCAACUACCCGCUGUCGCCAUUCUGAUCCCGAAUCGCUUCGCCUCUGGCGAGACAUCGACCUCCAACAACAACAACCAGUCCAACUACCCGCCGCCAGGAUUCAAUGCCGACCAGGCCAAGAAGCCCCUUACAUCGCAAGACGACAAGUCGAAGCAGUCUUCCUCAACACCUGAUAAGAAGAAGGAAGAAGACAAGAAGCUCACUCUUCGCCAAAAGAUCAUGAAGGAGGUUCACCACUACUGGGACGGUACUAAGCUGCUCGCCGCAGAAGUCAAGAUCAGUUCAAAGCUUGCCUUGAAGAUGGCCGCUGGUUACGAGCUUACCCGCAGAGAGCACAGACAGCUACAUCGUACUGUCCAGGAUCUUGGCCGUCUUGUUCCCUUCUCAGUCUUUGUCAUUGUGCCAUUCGCCGAGCUACUGCUUCCGGUCGCACUGAAGCUUUUCCCCAACAUGCUACCUAGCACAUACGAGGGCCAAAAGUCAAGAGAAGCAAAGGCCACCAGCCUUCGUGGCACUCGCAAGGAAGUCAGCAGUUUCCUCCGUCAGACUCUGCAAGAGACCGGUCUGCCUGUAAGCGCCGCCAACGCGCAGAAGGAAGAGUUCACCGAGUUCUUCCGCAAGAUCCGCACCACUGGCGAAUCGCCAACAAAAGCCGAUGUCAUCCGUGUCUGCAAGAUUUUCAAGGACGACUUGACUCUUGAUAACCUUUCACGUCCACAACUUGUCGGUAUCUGCCGGUACAUGUCUCUGACCACAUUUGGUACCGACACUAUGCUUCGCUACCAGGUCAGACAUCGUAUGCGCCAGAUCAAGCGUGACGACAGAGCUAUCUCGUUCGAGGGUGUCGAGUCUUUGUCUGUUCCUGAGCUCCAGACUGCCUGUGCUUCGCGUGGUCUGCGCACUCACGGUGUCUCUCCCGCUAGACUUCGCGACGAUUUGAACCUGUGGCUCGAGUUGCGCCUGAAGUAUGGUGUCCCAAGCACUCUUCUGGUCCUAUCCAACGCUUUCAUGUACACCCAGGGCAAGGAUGUCGAGUUCGACUCACAGAUAGAUGCCCUGCAGGCUGUCUUGUCCAGUAUUCCUGAGGAGCUCUUCCACGAGAUUGAGUUGGAAGUUCACACUGCCGAGGGAGCUGCAACCAACAAGCAACGUCUCGAGGUCCUCCGCGAACAGCAGGAGUUGAUCGAAGACGAGAACGAACAGAGCGAGAAGCAGAACGAGGGCGGCAAGUCUGCUCGUGUCAACGAUCUCGAGAACAUUGACGAGAAGGAGGAUGAAGGACGACAGGAAGAUGCGCUGAGACGUGAACACGAAGCCGAAGUACAAACUCAGGCAGACGUGUCCGCUUCAUCGAGUGGAAGUCAGCAAGUGUCGGAAAAGGAGGUGAAGGCUGAGGAGAAGAAGGCUUGAUUAUAUCAUUAUACAACUGCAUUUGAGGGUUUUGGUUGGCGCGGAUUUUGCAUGCACCAUUUAAAGGCGUUC